AUGGAUAUUGCCACAGGAGACCAGUCCCCUUCAACCUCGACCCCCGGACUGCACCACCCUUCGGCAGACCCUCGCCUGGGUCGCGCCGCUCAGAGACCUUCCAUUUCAACCUCACAUCUUCCCGCCACUCGACAGACGCCGACCUCAGCGCAGACCCCAACUUCCUCGCGCGCCCCAGAACCUGCCAACCAAUCGGUGGACCGAACAUCAAAGACAGAUGUCUCUGAGCGGAUCGGUGACCCCAUGUCACCCGUCAACCAGAAUGCUCCCACAGUCGACUUUAGUCACAUGGUGCCUAUUCUCACGAGGUUUUCGGAACUUGCCGCCAUUAAAGGACUCAGGGAAAAGGAGAAGGCUCUAUUACAGGACGAAGGUGCUUCUAUCAAACGACGCCUGGAAAAGGCCAGGUCAAAAGACGCUUUCCCGGUUGUGAUCGAGGGUAUACAGGCAGAAGAAGCAGUCUCUCAAUCCAAAAUACGCAAACUCCAGCAUGAUAUCGAUGAGAAUGAAACCGCACGCCAAAAGAUGGCCGAGUCUCUUCGAGGCUUUUUGCGCCAAACGCCGCUCCCUAUUUCCUCCUCCAAUCAUACUCCGACCUUAGCACCCGGCAGAUCCCCCGAUGAUGAGACAAUUGCCAAAUUGGAAGCUGAGAACCGGGAGAUGAAGGCCGAGCUGCGGGAGCUCAAAGAGUUGAUCGUCCAAAGAAGCCCUGGAAUCCCCGCCGGCACGCAGGCUCAACUUAAUAAGCUCGAAAACUCAGUCAACAGCCAGUCCAUGAGUAAUCAUGGCACUAAUAAGAGAAUUCGGAAACUUGAAGAAUGGAAAGAGGGAGUGGACACUGGGGUUAUCCAACCACAUCUGAAUAGCCUCGAGAGGAGCCCGGCUCAGGCUCCAGAUCUGGAACCACUGCGACAAGAUGUACAGAUGGCCCAUGGGAAAGCCGCUGAAGCGCAGGAAAGGGCCGAGGCUAUGGGUGAACGCGUUUUGGUCCUCCGGCGAGAAUUGCAGUCUCUCAGAGACACUUUUGAUCGAGACUUAUUUGCCCGACAAGAAUUCGAGAAGACACUCAACGCCGUGAAAGAGUUUAUUGAGCAAGGCUCAGAUCUCAAGCGCAGACUAGAAUCCAUCGAGAAGGAACGCCUCGAUCUCAAGGGCGCCGUCGCCACCGCUAGAGAGGCCAAAACCAAAGCCCAAGAUCUGGAUACACGAUAUACGACAUAUAUCGACAGAAACAAUGGGAGGAUAGCCCAUCUGGAGUCAACAGUUCGACAAUUGGAAAUAAGAGACAAAAGUGUCCCAGAUGUCGAACCUUCACAACCCACAGAGGCUCUUGAAAGUGUCAAAGAUCGCAUUGCGAAAAUCGAAAGUAACCACGGCUCAAUGUGGAACAACGUCAACAUGCUGAUGCUAGACAGGCCUCAGGUACUUGAAUAUUGCAAACAAGUACCGAAAUGUCUCUCCGCAAACGAAUCCCUCGUGGCUGCUGUUCGAUCUUUGGAACUACGAUACUCCAACAUCAACACGGAACAUCUCGUGAAAAGCAUGGCUGCCGCAAUGAUGGAGAUGUAUCCCUCCAUGUCGCAAACUCAUGAGCAAGUUAGCCAACUCAAGAGCUAUUGUACGAAGGAGAUUGCUGCACUCAAGACAGCAACGCAAAAUGUCGACCUCGCAUCCUUGGAUUCUAAGUUGAGCCAGCUCCGCGACGAAGUCGCCAACAAGUUGCUUCACCUUAACACUAGUGUCUCUGACCAGGCCAAAAGUAUCAGCGAGCAGCUAGAAGAGACCUGGGAAUUGAAAAAUAAAUUCCAGACCCAGUCUGACGCUUUCUCGGAACUUGGUGAAUCUAUUCCACAAGCGCUACAACAAGUGGAAAGAGUGACCGAACUGUCAACAAAGCUGGAAGCGUUGUGUGAUGACCUUACAUCGCUGAAAGCUAGUUUCGAAGAUCGGGACGUUACAGAAACGGUGUCCGGGCUCUCAAAACAGGUCGAAACCUUGACCGUGCAUGUUGGUUCCCUGAUCGUGAAGCAAAAUUAUCAAGGGGUGGUGAAGAAAGUCACAGAGGUCUCGGAAAAGCUUACGGACUUGGCUGCAAAUUACCAACUUCUGGAAACAAGGCUGAUAAGGCAAGAGCUAGCUGACUGGAAAGAAGUGGAUGAGCUCAAAUCUGGCCAUGGGAAUCUCCUUGAAGAGCUAAAGGCCGUGAAGACCAGGGUUGAAAGUCAAGAUGGGAUAGAGAAGAUGAGCGCGGUCUCUGAAAAACUCAAGUCCGUUUCCAACGACUUGAAAUCUCUGCAAACCAAGUUUGACAAAGAGCUGCGGUCACUGGAAACCCGCGUGGAUACCUUGGGACACAACGAGGAGCUGAACAAUCUCAAAAGUGAGCUGCUGACCCGGAUUGAUAAAUUCCAAGCGGUUGUUCAGUCAGGCUUAAACCGCAAUGCUCCUGGGGACGAUGUGACCAACCGAGCAAUUUCUAACCAGCCGAGUAUAUCCGGCUCUCUUGGGGAUCACUAUCGAAUCCUUGGUAGUGCAGCUCGAAGCCAGACUGGACGUGGACAUGUACGAGACAGGCCUUCCAUCUCACGCACCGGAGGAGAUGGAGCGAUUGCGACAGCUGACUCGUCCGGACCAUACUUUUACGCCUCCUCAGACAAUGAGAUUGAUAGUUUGGAGGAAUUGGGUUCUCGCGAUCGCAGCUUACAGUCCGUCUCGGAAGACGAGAUCGGUCUUCUGUCCAAUCAGCCAGCUUCAUCUGUCGAUAUGCCAAUAGGAUUACAGAUCACCGAGAAUGAGAAUGGCCAUCACGAAUCACGAUCGUUCAACAAACGUGCUCGCCAAACGUCUCCUUCGGAUAUUGCAGACGCAGAUGAUCAGCCCUCUCCCCAAGCCGCGACGAGAGAGAUACCCAUGGCGUCUCGGGUCACCGAGAACGGGACGUCUAGGAAACGUCCCCGUCAAGGAUCUUUUUCGGAGGAUGAGCGUCGGCCUCGGCCAGUGGUUCCUGGCCUUUUCGCCAAUGGUACCGGGUCCCCAGCUUCCUCCACAUCGGCGGCCGCAAAGAAGGCAAAGAAAAAACAGGAGAAAAGGGAGAGGAAGGAGCAGAGGAAGAAACAAAGACAGAGCUUGCCCAACUGA